GUUGCGACCGGAGCCGCCGGAGCUCCGUGGCCCUUCCCGGCCCCUGCCCGGCCCUGGCCCGGCCGGGCCAGGCUCCGAACCAGCGCUGCCGGUACCGGGGGCGGCGCGGGGCCCAGAGGGGCGGCGAUCGCAUCCCCCGAACCGAACCGGACCGAACCCUCCCCCCCCCCUCCGGGACCCCCGGCGGGCCCGGCCCCGGAGCGCGGCCGCCGCCACGGGACGGGAGAUGCGGAUCCUCCUCCUGUGCCUGCUGACUCUCGCCGGGACCCGCGGGCAAGGUUCGGUACCGGCGGUUCGGGAACGGCGGUUCGGGAACGGGGGUUCGGAUGGGGGUCCCACGGUGUCCCCGAAUGUCCCCAGGUGGGCCAAAGGGGGGGUGAUCAUCGAGGAGGCCAAGGAGAACAGGUACGACACGCAGGUGGAUUACACCUUCUUCACCGAGCCCGUGUCCUGCGAGGUGCACAACGACAUCGGCAGCACCAACGUCAGCACCCUGGUGGAUGUGCACUUCGCCCCCCGGAUCGUGGUGGACCCCAAGCCCACGGUGACCGACAUCGGCUCCGACGUCACCCUCACCUGCGUCUGGUCCGGGAACCCCCCGCUCACCCUCACCUGGACCAAGAAGGAAUCCAACAUGGUCCUGAGCAACAGCAACCAGCUGUACCUCAAGUCGGUGACGCAGGCCGACGCCGGCCAGUACGUCUGCAAGGCCAUCGUCCCCCGGAUCGGCGUGGGCGAGAGGGAGGUCACCCUCUUCGUCAACGGGCCCCCGAUCAUCUCCAGCGAGCCGGUUCAGUACGCGGCGCGCGGCGACCGCGGCAAGGUCGAGUGUUUCAUCGGCAGCACGCCGCCGCCCGAUCGCAUCGCCUGGGCCUGGAAGGAGAACAUUCUGGAAGCGGGAACGCUGGAGCGUUACACGGUGGAGAGGAGCAACACGGGCAGCGGGGUCCUGUCCACGCUGACCAUCAACAACGUGAUGGACGCCGACUUCCAGACGCGCUACAACUGCACGGCCUGGAACAGCUUCGGGCCCGGCACCGCCAUCAUCCAGCUGGAGGAGAAAGAGGUGCUGCCCGUGGGGAUCAUCGCCGGGGCCACCAUCGGCGCCAGCGUCCUCCUCGUCGGCUUCCUCGCCGCCCUCGCCUGCGUCCUGUACCGGCGCCGCAAGGGAAGCCGCAAGGACGUGACGCUGCGCAAGCUGGACAUCAAGGUGGAGACGGUCAACCGGGAGCCGCUGACGCUGCACGCGGACAGGGAGGAGGACACGGCCAGCGUCUCCACGGCCACGCGCGUCAUGAAGGCCAUCUACUCGUCGUUCAAGGACGACGUGGACCUGAAGCAGGACCUGCGCUGCGACACCAUCGACACCCGCGAGGAGUACGAGCUCAAGGACCCCACCAACGGCUACUACAACGUCCGCGCCCACGAGGAGCGUCCGGCCUCGCGCUCCGUCCUCUACGGCGAUUACCGCGCCGCCGCCGCCGCCGGCCGCUUCGACGCCCGCCCUCCUUCCCGCUUAUCCCACUCCAGCGGCUACGCCCAGCUCAGCUCCUACCCCCGCGGCGGCCCCGACUUCCCUCCGGAAUCUUCCGCGCCCCCGGGAAGCGCCGACGCCUCCAGCCAGCUCUCCUACGAGAACUACGGCGGCGGCGCCGCUUUCCCGGCCGCGUUCCCCGGCGCGUAUCGCCUGGGAUUCGGCGCCGCCGCCGCCGCCGCCGCCGCCGCCGCGGGGCUGGAGCGCGGAGCCUACGACGCCUACGAGGCCGUGGGGAAAUUCGGGAACGCCGCCCGCUUUUCCUACACCUCCCAACACUCGGACUACGGGCAGCGCUUCCAGCAGCGGAUGCAGACGCACGUCUGAGGGGUGGGGAGGGGUCUGCAGGUACCUCACGAGCGUCCCCCUGAUAUUCAGGGGCUCGUCCCGGGUUUUUCUCGGAGCUUCCGUUCAUUCCCUUGGUUGGUUGGUUGUUUUUAUUUUGGCCGGUACUUUUUCCGCCCCCGCUGCGGAGGAGGGGGAGGAGUUGGCGGCGUCGAUCCCGGGGUUUUCACAGGGAGGGGAUCGGUGGGAUGGCGGAUCUGGAGGGAUGUGCAGAUCCCAAAAAUUCCCCAUCCCAAAGCGUUCCCAUUCCUCGAUCCCACUGGGAUCAGCGGGACGGCUCUGCGUGAUCCCAGAUCCACAGGGAUCCCAAAAAACAUCCUCAUCCCAAACCAUUCCAUUCCCUGAUCCCACUGGGAUCGGCAGUGAUCUGCGUGAUCCCAGAUCCACAGGGAUCCCAAAAAACAUCCUCAUCCCAAACCAUUCCAGUCCUCAAUCCCAUUGGGAUCUGCUCUGUGUGAUCCCAGAUCCACAGGGAUCCCAAAAAACAUCCUCAUCCCAAACCAUUCCAGUCCUCGAGGGCUCUGCGUGAUCCCAAAUCCGCAGGGAUACACAAAUCCCAAAAAAAUCCUCAUCCCAAACCAUUCCAGUCCUCAAUCCCACUGGGAUCAGCGGGAGGGCUCUGCGUGAUCCCAAAUCCAGAGGGAUCCCAAAAAACAUCCUCAUCCCAAACCAUUCCAUUUCUCAAUCCCAUUGGGAUCUGCUCUGUGUGAUCCCAAAUCCAGAGGGACGCACAGAUCCCAGAAAAAUUCCUCAUCCCAAACCAUUCCAUUCCCUGAUCCCACUGGGAUCGGCAGGAGGGCUCUGUGGGAUCCCGAAUCCAGAGGGAUCCCAAAAAUCAUCCUCAUCCCAAACCAUUCCAGUCCUCAAUCCCAAUGGGAUCAGCAGGAGGGUUCUGCACGAUCCCAGAUCCAGAGGGAUCCCCAAAAUCAUCCUCAUCCCAAACCACUCCCAUUCCUCGAGGGCUCUGUGUGAUCCCGAAUCCAGAGGGAUCCCAGAAAACAUCCUCAUCCCAAACCAUUCCAUUCCCUGAUCCCACUGGGAUCAGCAGGAGGGCUCUGCGUGAUCCCGAAUCCACAGGGAUCCCAAAAAACAUCCUCAUCCCAAACCAUUCCAGUCCUCAAUCCCACUGGGAUCAGCAGGAGAGUUCUGCAGGAUCCCAGAUCCAGAGGGAUCCCAAAAUCAUCCUCAUCCCAAACCAUUCCAGUUCUCAAUCCCAUUGGGAUCUGCUCUGCGUGAUCCCAGAUCCAGAGGGAUCCCAAAAAACACCUUCAUCCCAAACCAUUCCAUUCCCCGAGGAUUCUGCGCGAUCCCGGAUCCAGAGGGAUUCCCAAAAAAUUCCUCAUCCCAAACCAUUCCAGUCCCUGAGGAUUCUGCGCGAUCCCAGACCCACAGAGAUCCCAAAAAUCAUUCUCAUCCCAAACCAUUCCCUGAGGAUUCUGUGCCAUGCCAAAUCCAGAGGGAUCCCAAAAAAUUCCUCAUCCCAAAGCAUUCCCUGAGGAUUCUGCACGAUCCCAGAUCCAGAGGGAUCCCAAAAAAUUCCUCAUCCCAAAGCAUUCCCUGCGGGCUCCGCCCCAUCCCGGAUCCAGAGGGAUCCCAAAAAAUCCCCGAUCCCGAACCAUUCCCGUUCCCUGUGCCUUGAUCCGGGGCCACCCCUCCCUCGGGGACGGCCCCGUUUUCCCUCAUCCCAAAAAUCCCGGAGGAGGCCGCGGGAAUUUGGGAAUUUUUGGGAGCAGCCCCUGCCCCGUUCCGUGCGCACAUCGUUCCCGCGGGAAGCGCCGGGAUCCCCCGAUCCCGGAUCCCCCCAAUCCCGGAUCCCCCCAUCCUGGAUCCCCCCGAUC